GACAAGGACUGUAGUCAGAAAGUCGAAUUUUGACAUAGCUCGAUUAAGCUCUGCAUGUAAACGCACUGACUGUUGUUAUUGUUGUUAGUGGGGGUAGCACAUGCGCGACUCAAGGAAGAGAUGUGACUGAAGUUUCAAAAAUUAGCAUAUACGGGCUCUGAAAUGGCAGUUGCAUGUCGAUGAAGCAACCAUACGACAAAAAAUGUUGGUGUAUAUCCUUAAAUCCUAAAUCCGGGGGGCUCAGUCGCCAUUAUUAAAAGUGUGGAGGAAGUGGAAACAAAAAUUAACCCAAUCCCACCAGGCACAUGUAUAAAUGUCUCACACCAGCGUAAAGGCUAUUUACUACUGCGUCUAGGUCCCGCAGCCUGCUCUCACUGGAUGGGAAUCGACUCCUCUGACUCACUACCAACUCUCGGCUCUUUAGCGCGUGACACAUCCCUCGCUGACAGCUCAGUGACCGACUGACGGAGAUCUGGGGGGAGAUGCUGUCAGUGCUCCGAGGACAAGCAUAUGUCAUCCUGCCAGUUCAGGCUUCGUUACACAACCGGGGCCGUCAUGCAAAAUAGAAACACGUGUCUAUAGGCGGUGCUGAAAAGUGCAGUUUUACCGGACAACAAAAGACCGACGGGGGAACACGCAGCUCUGUCGCAGGUUCCUAAACUCUCCGGUUUGAUGGUACAUGUCAAGUGGAGAUGAGACGGACUCAACAUGUGCUUGCCUUACAGAGAGAACGAUGAUACGAAGAUGAUCAGCGCCGAUGGCUUCUCAAAAUGCGGGGCGACUCUGCAAGAGACGGGCAGGAGGAGGCCACCCGCGGAGAUGCUCCAUCUGCUGUCAGCUGUCGUCGUCUGGCUGGUGACGGGCACCACCAUCUCCAGCCUCAACAAAUGGAUAUUCGCCGUCUACAACUUCAGGUACCCUCUGCUGCUGUCAGCGCUGCACAUGCUGACAGCCAUCGUGGUGGACUACGGGCUGAUCAAGCUGCGGGUGAUCCGCCACAGAGGGGUCGGGGAGCAGGACCUGACCCCCAGCGCGAAAUGUAAAGUGUUCAUGCUGAGCCUCACCUUUUGCGCCAGCAUCGCCUUCGGGAACAUGGGUCUGAACUAUGUCCAGCUGUCAUUCGCACAAAUGAUCUACACCACGACCCCGCUCUUCACCCUGGCCAUAUCCACGCUGAUCCUGGGCAAGCAGCAUCACAUCCUCAAGUACACGGCCAUGAUGCCCAUCUGCCUGGGCGCCUCCUUCAGCAUCAUGGGAGAGGUCCAGUACGAUCAGACCGGCUGCUUCUUCGUGUUCGCGGCCACAAUGCUGAGAGGCGUCAAGUCCAUCCAGCAGAGCAUUUUGCUCCAGGAGGAGAAAAUCAACUCCGUGUUCUUGCUCUACAUGAUGUCCAUUCCCAGCUUCUGCAUCCUGGCCGUGGCCGCCCUGGCCUUGGAAAACUGGGCCGUGCUGGAGUCACCGAUGCACUACGACCGCCACCUGUGGGUCUUCAUCCUGCUCAGCUGCCUGGGCUCGGUCAUGUACAACCUGGCCAGCUGCUGCGUCAUCACGCUCACCUCGGCCGUCACCCUGCACAUCCUCGGCAACCUGAGCGUGGUGGGGAACCUGCUGCUGUCGCAGCUGAUUUUCGGCAGCGAGCUGUCCGCCCUCAGCUGCGCGGGCGCGGUGCUCACGUUGUCCGGCAUGCUCAUCUACCAGAACUCGGAGUUCAUCGUCAGCUACAUGGACGCGCGCAGGGCCAAAGCUGAGGGUCUGAAGGACUCAGUCAGUGCACCGACGGAUGAGAAACGAGAAGAUAAAAUAGACUGAACUGAAAGACGGAGGAAAUAACAGAGCACUAAAAGACGGAAAGGAAAUCUGGCUACACUGUAAUGUGUGUUCUCCACACUGUAAGCGGGGCUGUGAUCCUGUUGGGUCAAUUUUUUAAAAAUUAUUUUAUGAAAUUCCUCACUGUGCCAAUUCAUUUCUCUACUGGCCACAUAGAACUGGAGACUGCAGAGAGGAACGGUUGCCUUUAGGUUAAAUUCUCCCCUUUAGUAAUAAUAAUAAUAAUAACUUGCUCAUAUAUAGCGAUAUAUGCAUGCCUGAGCACAUUGAAACUGAUCGAUACCUCAUGAGGUAAAUCGCACACUGUCACUCAUACUACUCCACUGUGAAACUGUUCUCAUUUCCAGAGGGCUCUAAUCGAUGUUUUUGGGUGGCUGUUGUGGAUAUUAUCUGCUGAUGUGACACCGAGGGGCUGGGGGUUUUUAGAAAGCGCUCCUCCUCAAACUCUGAAUGGGCACAAUUUGUAAUGAUAAGAUUUAUUUAUGGUACUGUUACCUGAUAGUCUUCUGGCCUCGUUAUGGUGAGAGACCAGGGUUUUUUUUGGCAGCUUCUUUUUUUGUUGGUUUGUAAACUAGGAAGCUUUUUUUUCUUUUCUUUUUUUUUUUAAAGGAUGACGUAGUUGUUGCAGGGCUAAAAAAAAAAAAAUAAUAAUGGAAGAAGCCAACGUUUCUGUGCGCCUCUUUUCCUCUACUGAAGCACAUUUUUUAAUAAGAGGCCUGAACUUUGGUGCGGCUUCCCACUUAAGGCCUAGAUUUUGUUCUCGUACCAACCUGGAAAGUCAGUCUCUGUAGAAUUAGUCCAAUUAUCUCCAUCUUUUACAACGGUGCAGCGAUAAUUAGGUUCACGUGUUCUCUAAGGAGUGUCGCUCGGCUUUAGCUGUCCCCCCCCCGCGAAAGAGACGAGGAAAAAAGAAGACCGAGCUUCCUAAAACUUAACGUCACCCGCUCCCACGUUUUUUAAAAAACGUCGGUUAACCAGCACGUGAAACUGACUUCUGCUGGACAGUGUUGCGUCUUCUCUCUCAGUAUUCUGAAAUCAUUUUAGCCGUUAUAUUUUAUUCCUCCCUUUGAUGUUUAUGUGAAAGAAGAUAUUUAUUUUGCAAGGGCCUUAGCAAUCACUGACUGGUUUUGGUCCUCAUGCGUCUCGUAACUGCAUACUUGUAAUAUUCGAAGGCGCGAGAAAAAGCCGAUGGCAGAAGGCUGCAUGCUGCUGCUCUUAAAAGCAUCUUAAAUGACCUGGGAUGCCUGUUAACGCGCCCUUCCUCAUGCAUGGUAUGCCAAACGUCUACUUUAAAAGGCUUCAUUUGUGUCGUCGCGCCGGUUCUGUCGGUGGGCAGACGCGAUAGACUUUGAGCUUUGACGAGACGACUCGACAAAGGAAGACGUCAAAGAUUCCUUUUGUGACACACGCACAAUAUCAUCAGCAUACUUUGCAGUGACGAUUACUGCAGGCAAGACUGUUGGUCACCAUCAUGUCUCACGUUUACAUUUCACCGCCUUCAGUCGUCGAACGGGCGCCGCGUCUUUUCAUAGAGCCACAGUCGACUCUAAAUAGCUCGAAAGACGGCGUGAAAUAGUUGGAAAAUAUGGUUUUGCUAUUUCAGAGUAGUUACACAUUUAUACAUUAUGUAUAAGAAUUAAUUUCACUAAUGUAACACUAUUGAAUACCUCAGCUGUUAAAUGGGACUUCUAACACCCUCCUGCUCAUUAAUUAUUAAUGAGUGGCUUGAGGUCGAGCAGCUGCGCGAGAAGUGCAGCGUGCGGAUGAUGGAUUCGACCAUUUCCGUUUUAACGAAACACUCGCUGUCUCGUCCGUGAUCAAAACACUAUCGACGGCUGCACUGACGAGGUGCAGAGACGCCGCCUUCAAAGCCCGCGGUUUUCCUGUGUACAUACGUGCUGGUUUUGAUUGUUCGCGAAGCUAGUUGGAUGUAAAUAGUUAUUUUUGUUAUAUUUAUGCGUUUUACAGUCGCACCUGGCUGGUUGACACCAUUCUGGUUCAAGAAUGAAACAUUUGCCUCAUGCCUUAUUUGGACACACUGUAGACGAGAGAGGAGUGAUUUGAUUUUAUCCGUUAAUACUUGUGUUCGAGGCCGAACAUGCGGACGGCUCAUGUACACAUGAUGUGCAAUUGAUUGCUUGAUGAUGAUAAUAAUAAUAAUUGGGACUGGUACAAUAAACUAACUAAAUAAACAAAACCAAGCACCUAA